AGGAUUUUUUGUGAGCCAGUAGAAGCGCCGGUCUAGUUUUUAAGUUCGUUUUGGUAAAAAUCUCAGUUUCCCUCCAAACUUUUCAUUCUAAAUUUGAAUCUUCCCUCUUCAUCUUCUUCCUCUCGCCACCACGGACGGAUCUUCUCGAUUCCUCUGGUUUCACGACUUUGAUUUAGGGUUUCCUUUUCCGAUUUGGUUUUUGUAGGAGUCUCUUUUGUGUGAGGAGUAUGAAGCGUAAAAGAGGACAUAAGAAAGGGAAGAAGUCUAAAAAGUCCAAGUCUGUUACUGAACAAGGGGAUUUGAUUGAGUUAACCGAAAACGCGGAGGAACGAACCUCAGAGCAGAGUUCUGAAGGUCCUGUUGAGUGUGAGAACAGUGAACAUGAAUCUAAAAUGGAGGUUGAUGGACCUUCUUCUACUGGGAGUGGUAAUUCACCUGUUGCUGGGAGUUUAGAUCCAGCUGAUAACAUUGCGGCUGUCAAGUCAGUUGCGCGUGUUAAGGUUAAACUGAAGACUUCGAAACCACCAGAAGCUGAUGAGACGUUGCGUGGCGAUGAUAGUGGUAAGAUUAGUUCUCAGGCGGUGUGUGAAAAGCCUGCGGAGAAAAAGGAGGAAUUGGUUCCGGGUUUGCCUGAGAGAAGGCCGGUGUUUCUGAAUGUUUAUAGGAAAACUAAGGGUAUAAAGAUUAAGUCUUCGAAAGCGGUAGAUGGGUCUAGCUCGAUUACUGAGAAGAGUGCGGAUGCUGUUAAGGUUCAGGAUGCAGUAGUAGUUCAAAAGGAGACGAAAAAGGCUGAUGAGAAUCCUCAAGCUAGUAAGAAAGAGCCAGAAAGAACACCAAUUUCUUUGCAGAAAGAGGAGAAGAAGACUGAUCAAAAUUCACGAUACAAUAAGCAAGAACUGGAAGAUUCUCUUACAGUGAUUAAGAAGAUAAUGAAGAUGGAUGCUGCUGAUCCCUUUAAUGUUCCUGUGAACCCUGAAGCUCUUGGGAUUCCUGACUAUUUUGAUAUCAUCAAGACACCUAUGGAUUUUGGAACAAUAUGCAAUAAUUUUGAAAAAGGCAACAAGUAUAUGAAUUCUGAAGAUGUUUACAAGGAUGUCCAGUACAUUUGGAAUAACUGUUCCAAAUACAAUAAGAAAGGUGAUUAUAUAGUGGAUCUGAUGAAGCGAGUGAAGAAAAAUUUCAUGAAGUACUGGACUGCAGCAGGGUUGUACACUGAGCAAUCAGCAGAAAAUACUGAUGAUGGUGGGAAGGCAUCCAGCAAAGGCAGUCAAUCAAAGCAGAAGAGCCAUAAACGCCAUGGACGGCACCACAAGAGCGAUUGCAUGUGUGCGAUAUGUGUUUUAAAGCGACGCAAAAGAGAACGUGAACGAGAUUCUCAAGGACAUUCUGGAGCACAAGAGGAAUCUUCACCUGCGGGAAGUCCAUCUGUGGAUAAUUCAUCAAUAAACAUGGGUGAUGAGCAGGACAUGGAUAUUGAUGUUAACAACAAAACUAAACAAGAAAAAACCGAAAUCGUGGAACUAGAUAGUCCAGUGUCAAAAAGACAGAGAGUAAAUGAGAAACACGACGUGGAGGAGGAAGAGGAAAAUGUUGAAGUGGAGAGUGAAAAUAAAACCGAAGCUAAUGUAGAGGAUAAGACUCAAUCGAUUGAUAGAUUAACAGAAGAGACUGACGAUGAGCCUGUGUCUAGUGCUGCGGAGAAAUUGGUUACUUUAGCUUCUGUUGAAGGUCCAAAAUCGACUCAGAAUGAGGAAGAAGAGAAGGAAAAACAACUCCAAAGGCAAAAGAAACGGCAGGAGUUGGAGCGAAAAGAAUGGAGAAUGAAGAUGCAAGAAAAGUUCCAAGUCAGAAACCCACAGCUUCUAAGUCUCUGUGAAACUCUCUUCCCUAAUGACAACAACCACAAUUCCGUGUGGAACGGACCUCACUCACUGUUUAAACGUCGAGGAGGAGGUCCAAAUCGUAGUAGUGCUUUACACAAAGCAGUUGAGGCAUUGAUGAAGUAGUAGUAAGGAUUCAAAAUGUAUCAUAAGUGUUAUAGCUAUUGUUUUUCGUUUUGCCUGUUAUAGGAUAUGUUUAUUACAUUCAACACCAAUCACAAUCACCAUAAGCAUCUUUGUCAAUGAAAACAGAAACAUAAAACUGUUGAUCAAUGUUAAGAGUUAAGACAAA